AUGGAUGCAAAAACGGCUCAAUCAGUAUUUGGAGCUGUCAGACAGAGUAAAAAGUCAACUUCAAAAGAAGAAACAACUGAAAAUUUCAAAAGUUCCAACGAGUCACUUGUAAAAAAAUAUAUUUUAUUGAAGAAUCAACUCACACAAUGCACAAAAACUGUUGAAAAGCUCCGAAACGAGAAUGUGGCAUUACGAGAAAAAAAUCAAGAGUUGAUCGAUGCAUCAUUAGACCGAAAGAUUGAAUUAAUUGUUGAGCAAAGAGUGAAGAGUCGUCUGGCUCACGCAGCAGUUCUGCACAAAAGGCUUUUCCAAACCAUCCAACAAACUGGAUUAGAAUUGAAUGGAAUUUUUAAAGACAUGGAGCCAGAACCGAGUGAUUUGAUAACACGUCGAGCACCAAGAAUGGAAGUUAAUUUAGAAAGAGUCGAAGAGUCACCAGUUAGACAAUCUUCAGUGGAUAAUUACGAUGAUGAAAACGUAUAUGGAGAGGACGACAUCACAAUUUCAUCUGCAACUACUUCGUUUGUUCAAAACCUUGAAAACGGAACACCCCGAACUAAACAAAGUGGUCCGAAAGGAAGGAGAAGCCAACUAUUUCCAAGUUUACAAGAAGAAGUCCUAUCCGGCGAAGAAGUUUCUGUAGUUUCUACUGUUGUGCGGCGUGCUCCAAUGUUAAUCGCUCCUUCGGCAACUCCGGGAGGACCAUCGAAACCGGCCUCUCGGAAAGCUGCAACUCCGCGGUUCAAAAAGCCAUCUACACCUGUCGUAGCUCCAAGCUGUGAUCCCGAUGAAGGAGGCCCAUCUACUGUCCGUCGACAACGAUCCGCCAAGAUGAAUAUCAAGUCAAUGAAGGAACCAAGCACCGGUUCGAAAUUACGUCGACCUGGAAAACACGACGAGCCAAUGCCGUACAUCUCUUCGUUUUACUAA